AUGUCCACUGUGAUUCCUGCUACAGCCUUAAAUGCUGAAUAUGGCUGCCCGGUGCAGCUGGCCCGCUCCUUGCAGGCAGCUCAUCUCCAGGUGUGUCCAGCCAGCGUGGUGUGUUGCUCCAUGGAGUGGAACCGCUGGCCGACUGACGACGCCCAUUCUCAUCCAAGCACAGAGCUGCAUAAAAACCUGGUGAAAGAAAAAGAGCAUGGAGGAUGUCUGGACCUAGCCAUAGCCCUGAAAGACCAGGACCAUCUGUUUCACUCCAUGAAAAUGAGGAAACUGUUUCCUGAGCUCAUCCAGACUGUGGAGAAGGAGGAGAAAGAGGAAGAGAGGAGGGAGGAGGAAAGGAAGAAGGAGAAGCAGAGGCAAAAAAAGGCUGCCUUAGAGAAGGAGGAGGCAGAAAUAGUGGCAGCAAAGAAAGCUCGUGCUCACAUAUGGGAGCCUUCUUUCUUGUAUAACAUUCAUAUUCCUGAUGAACAAGAAGAUGAAGAUGUGGAUGAGGAUGAGGCUGAGGUUGAGGUUGAACAUGAGCGGGAGCUAACUCAGGAGGAGAGGAAUGCUCUUGCCAGGGCACCGGUAAUGAAUGCUGAUUCGUUAGAAAACUACAAUGUAUGGGAACGCAUGUUCAGUAUGGAGAUGGGCGGCUGCAGAGAAGCUGCAGGGACAGCUGUUGCUGGCAGUGGUCAGAGAGCGGCUAAAGGAAGAGGUAAAAGCCUGGGCACGCUGACAGAAAGAGAAGACACAGCAGAUAGCUGUAUGGGUGAAACAGCAUCCAGCACCUGCACACAGGUGAGCAGUGCCUGCAAUGGUCCCUCCACAUCCUCCUCCUGUCUCACUGGCAAACAGAAGAAGAUGGAUUUUUUUUAUGGACAAAUGGAGCCAAGGAAAAUUAAUACUGUGCGAACCUAUAAAACCCCAACCAGCUUCACUGCCAAGCAGGGCCGCAUCCGCAACCCUGGUUUCUACAAGAGGAAAAGCCAGGCUGUGGAUACUAGUGACCUGGGGGUGUCACCAGAGGAGAUGCCAGUGUGGGAGGAAGUUCAGGCUUCUCUGCUGUGCUCCCUGGAGAACGAGCAAAGGGGUCACCUCAUUGCAGAGAGGCUGUGCACAGACAGUCUGUUACAGGAUGAAGGCACACAGACCUACAACUUCCUGUCUGCUCCUUUCCGGAGAAACACGUCGCUGGCUGACCUGACUGCUGCAAAACCACUGGAGCUGCACCUUCAGCUACAGGUGGAGAGUGUCACCAGUCGACACCACAAGGCCAGCUCCGCCUUCACCUUCUUCUGUGGACACACGUUCCAGCGCCUUGAAUAUGGCAAACAUUACAAGAAUGUCCACAGUGACAUCCAGAUGUGUGUGAAUGGAUGGUUCGAGCAGAGAUGCCCCUUGGCGUAUCUGGGCUGCACCUACAGCCAGAAGAGGUUUCAGCCCUCCACACACGAAGCCACUGUCAACUUCAAUGAAGAUCUGGGCUGCCUUAGGCUGCAUCCCUCCAUCACAGUCUCACUGUGUGAAGCCUCGCAGCUAUCUAGGAGCUCAGUGGGCUCUUCCUCCGACCAGAGGAAGCGAGGAGGUCAGGCAGGAGGAGGGGAGGACUCUCUGAGCUCACUGCCGUACGAGGUCCUGUGCCACAUGGCCAGUUUCCUGGACAGUCUGUCCCUGUCCCAGCUAGCUCUGGUGUCCCGGCUCAUGAGGCAGGUGUGCUCGUCUCUGCUGCAGGAGAGAGGGAUGGUCACCCUCCACUGGGAGAGGAAGACCUACUCACACGGUGGAGCCAAGUGGAGGGUGAAGCAGAAGGUUUGGCACUUCAGCACCUUGUUCUCUCCUGUGGACACUUGGUGCUUCAGCAACACAGCAUCUAUUUCAGAGCACCUAAAGGUGUGCCCCUACUAUGACAGGGAGUCCAGAAUGGAGAGGAUUCACCUACCGUAUUUCAGAGACAAAAUCCAAACCGAUACAAGCUGCAAAGGACCCACUCUGGUUCGUUUGUUCCAGCAGAAGAAGAUCACGAUAUAAUGUAAAGCACGGACACUGUUGCACACUGUCACCUGUCACUAUAAAACAGCUAGAUAGUGACUCCAUGUCAUCCCAUCCUACCAGGGGCAUUAUCCCUUCUGUUUAUCGCUCUCUUCGUGUUUCUUGGUGCUGCUGCGCACUUUCUUUAAAAAUUGAGGAGAAACUGCCAUAAAAAUAGUGAGUUCUGAGUUCUGGGACAAGUUUUAUGCGAGAGCACACCAUAUGUGACUUAAAGAGAUUUGUUCCUACGUUAAGAAAAAAACGAGCUGUUCUGAUAUAGUUUGUUCAUACAUUUGCAAUGCACUUACAAAGUUUAGACACCAUAUAAAAAGUCUGGAAUGAGUGAAUGAACAUGAAUAGUACAUGUGCUAUAUAUAUAAUGAUGAAUAACCUAUUAUGUCAUAAGGCAGGCAUGAAUUUAAAGUGACCAGACACUGUUAAACACUCAGCACAAGAUGAACAACAUAAUAAAAAUG